UCUAUGAACUGUAAAUCGAGCGACCCACCCAGCGAAUGCAGAGGAGCACCAUACCAGUAGUGUCAACGCGGCGAUCGUUAAGGCGACCCGUUUCGUCGUCUGCUUAAUACAGGAAAUUAACGUUUUCGAUAGUAACGUAUAAUAAAUACGUAUAAUAAAAGUCUACCGAACAUAGUUUAAAACAUUAUUCGAUUUGAUUUUUGUUUUUCUUUUCUCAUAGCGCUCGGUGCUAGUUAAUUGUGCUUUACAGUGAUUUUUUUAUUCUUAGUUAUUGACGUUUCCAUCGUAUCCGAUAGUUUUCAUUGAGACAACCAGAAUAAGAAAAAAAAGUUUGGUGAAGUAACGCCCACCGGAGUGAAAGGGCACUCCAGUGUCCCGUGUUUGCGAUUUUUUUUUUCGGCAAAUAUCAUUGAGUGAAAAAAAUUCAAUUUUUUAUUGGGAAUAUGAGAAGCACAAUUAUGCUCAACGCACUACUAUUCGUAUUUGGAAUGCUAACAUGUCAGGCGCAGGCUGUUUCAGAAAGGCUGGAAUUAGCGCCCGCAGGUGGAAGGUCGGAACCUCAGGUUGCCACCUUAUGUGAAGCUAGUGAGGUGUACUUGGCACAGCACAUGGGAGAACAAGGACGAUGGGUUUCAUCAACCGACCAGAAAAGUUGUAUGUCAGAUAAACUGCAGAUCCUCGAGUAUUGCAAAAAGGCUUAUCCGAAGAGAGAUAUCACGAAUAUCGUAGAGUCAUCUCAUUAUGUCAGGGUGGGCGGUUGGUGCAAGCCAGGAAGAACCAAGUGCAAACUGUCCAGAUGGGUGAAGCCAUACAGAUGCCUGGAGGGACCUUUCCAGAGUGAUGCACUUCUAGUACCAGAAGGCUGUCUUUUUGAUCAUUUACAUAACCAUACGAAAUGUUGGGAAUCUCAUAAGUGGAACUCCACGGCAGCUGAUACCUGUCGUGAGCGAAAUAUGAAUCUCCGAAGUUUCGCAAUGCUUCUUCCCUGUGGAAUAUCUCUUUUCUCAGGCGUGGAGUUCGUAUGUUGUCCAAAGCAUCUGAAAGAGAAUGCGAAGCCCAAGAAGCCGAUUGAUUUACCUGUUCCAAAGGAUGUCGACGAUGAUUUGGAUGAAAACGAUGAUGAUUUGGAUGAUGAAGAUGAUUCGGAUGCUGAUAGCGAGAAUGACAGCGAUGCUGACAGUGAUGAUGAUAACUCGGACGGAGAUCUUGAGGAUGUGUUAAGUGAUCAAGCCUACGAGGAUGAUCGAGACGAUGCUUAUCUUGAUGAUUACGAUACGACAACAGUUGGGAGUAAGCCAUCAACAAUUGUUCCAACCACAGAGAAAAGUAAACAAGAACUUACAGCCAUGCCAGUACCAGUUAGCUCGAGUACACAGCAACCGACUCAGCCGCAGGGGACACCGGAUCCAUAUCUAACACACUUUGAUCCACGAUCCGAACAUCAGAGCUAUAAACAAGCCCAGAUGAGACUUGAGGAAGUACACAAAGAGAAAGUCACCAAGGUGAUGAAGGACUGGAGUGAUCUUGAGGAGAGGUACCAAGAUAUAAGAGCAAGAGAUCCAGUUGCUGCCGACGCAUUUAAACGAUGGAUGACGGCACGAUUCCAAGAGACUGUCGCAGCACUCGAAGCGAGUGGUGCAGCUGAGAAACAUCAGCUCAGUGCAAUGCAUCAGCAACGAGUUCAAGAAGCUGUUAAGCAAAGGAAUGAAGAGGCAAUGUCUUGCUACACUGCUGCAUUGAAUGAAACACCACCAAACAUGCAUCGAAUUCAAAAAUGCCUGCAGAAACUUUUGCGCGCUCUCCACAAAGACAGACAUCAUACCAUCGCUCACUAUAAACAUUUGCUGGACAGCAGUCUUGAGCAGGCUCAACGUGAGAAGCCAGCGACUCUGGAACACCUAGCAGAAAUCGAUAGAAUUACGAAUCAGAGUCUACUCAUGCUAGAACGGUAUCCGGAAUUGAGUGCAAAAAUUGGCCAGCUGAUGGAUGAUUAUGUACUGGCCCUCAGGAGCAAGGACGAGACACCUGGACUCUUACUUGCGAUGACCCGUGAAGCUGAAGCGGCUAUUCUGGAUAAAUAUCAGGCAGAUGUGGCCAGUAAACAGCAAG